AUGGCGGCUCCUGGUCGUCCUCAAUUUUUCUGCACCCGUCCUGAUGGGUCCUUGACUCCUCUGGUAGCAGUUGAUGAGCUACCCACUAACGUCACCAUCCAUGGUGCCCCUCGUAUCAUCACUGCUGGGGAGACCCAGGGUAUGACCAGCUGUGGCCUGGCUGCCCAACGUCCCGAACCUUGGUCUGUCGAGGGACUUCCCAAGUCCUCUGAGGGUCUGCCUGAUAUGCACAGCCUCUUGCUGCAGCUUAUCACCGAUAAGAAUGUCCCUGAGGACAUGCAGGCAUCUGCCAAAGCCAUUCUCUUCAAGGGAAUCGACAACGGACGUGUCGGUCAAGGCACUCCUUCCAACGGACUUUCUCCAAUGGCGCCGACAUUCCAGACAAAGAACAACCACGUCGGCAACAAGCAUGCUCCGACUUCCAAGAAGGAAUACUGCUCGUACUGGAUUCGCCACGGUUGCUUGUACAAACAUGAAAUGCCCAAUGAGCAGGAGUUGAUUGAGAAACUUGGGCUGCGUGAUAUUCCCCGCUGGUACCGCGAGAAGUUCAACCAACCCCCCAUGCGGGCCCUGCCGUCCUCGGCUUCGCCUACUGACGAGAUCAACGCCGACAAGGCGUCCAAUGUCUGUGAAACCCCGAAAUUGAGCAAGUCUGCCGAGUUCACCAAGUCCCCUCCCCGUGGACCAUCCAACCGUGGAGGUCACAACGGGUUUGGUAACCGCGGUGGCCGAAACGGGGCUCCCAAUGGACAUCAUGUCAGCAACUGGAAAGGCUCCCACCGUGGUGGCCGUAACCGAAACAUGGGCUCAACUCGUCACGGUAUGAUGAGCGAGCGUGACAGCGAUCGCAGCGGCGAGUGUUCCCCCCGCGCCUCAGCUAUCGCCCGUUAUGACACUCAGGCAUUUGGCCGCGAUCAAGUUCGCACCCCUAUCCCCGCGCUGCGCAGCAUGAUCACUAUCGAUACCGACCAACGUCCCAACGAAUGUCUUUUGGAUGACGAUACCUUCGAAGACGCCCUGAACAAGCCGAUUGAGCCCAACCACCGUGUCCAGUCCUCCCACGUGUACCAGCACGACUCGAACACUUCUUCCGAUGGUGGUGUCAUGUUCCCCAAGAACCAUGCCGCGUGGGAUUCGAACUUUGGUUCAUUCGCUCACGUUGAUAUCCCUGCUCGCAAGCAGUCGGAGUCGAACAGCUCUCGUGCCACCGUCCAGAGGGAUUACGGAUCUUCCACUCCCCGCAUUGGAGAUCUUCAGCUCAACGACAAUGUGCCCCUGAGCUCGAAUGACACCCGUGUCACCUGGGGUCCCAUUGGAGGUCCCAUUCUCAAGCGUACCAGCCCUCCUCUCGAGAACAUCUCGCACAUGUUUGGACCUUACUCCAACAGUCUCCGCCGCAGCAACUAA